GCUUGUGUCUAACCAAAAUGUUGUGGCUUCUUCUUUGGCUAUAGAAAAUGUCAACAAUAUAUCUUUUAACGUGUCCAUUUAUUUACUUUUUGGUUAAUUUUAAAUAAUAUUUCUGUAAAAACUAUAGGACUUCUGCACUCAUUCAUCUGACCUGUGACACGUUGACAGCUACAUUUUCACACACACACCCUUCUCUCCACUUGACAUGCCAGGAUUUGCCUGGACCUGCAACCCAUCCCAACGCUCCAAUUGGCUCGCUGGGUCGCUACUGUGUUGUGCCAUUGGCUUUUUGCAAGGAAAGAAGUUUAUAGACGGACGGUUAAUGGGUCGACGUAACAAGUUCUACAAGGGAAAAGCGGGAGAAAGUGAAACAUUGCACAGACGCGUUCCCAGCAUUCCUUGGUGCGUCCCACCGACGGACAUGAAUAAUCGGUCCAUUGCCUGGUGGCUGCGGCAGAUUGGUCUGCCUCAGUACACAAAGAUCCUGGAAAGCGAAUAUUACGGACUGGAGGGCCUGCUAAACGUGAAUGACAACGAGCUGAAAGAAGCAGGAAUUGAGGAUGCCUCGCACAGAGAAACCAUCCUAAUUCAGCUUCUGAGGCACCGCCAAAAGCUCGACCCUCACUCAGGUGUGCAAAUGGAGCGCAGGGUGAGCAGGAAGUACUCGCUGGGUUCGUCCAUGGAUUUGGUGAAACCGAGCAAGGACCUGUUCCGACAGAGUGUCUUGCCCCGCCUCCACCGAGCUGACAAGAAGCAACGUCUCUCUGCGUCCUGCACCCAGCUGCGACCCCUGGACGAGGAUCACACCUCCACACUGGAUAGCUGUCGAGAGAUCAAGCGCAGUAAAAGGAAGAGUGUUGCCGCAUACUUCAGCCAGCUGAAGGUGUUUGGAGGUCGCAAGGAGAUGGACUCCCUGAAGAAGGAGCUGGAAGAGGAGUUGAAGCUCAGCACCGAGGAUCCCAGGAGUCACGCUUGGUACCACGGAGCAAUCUCCAGAGAGGCCGCUGAGGCUCUGUUCGAGAGGGAUGGAGAUUUCCUGGUUCGCGACUCCAGCUCAUCCCCAGGCGACUAUGUCCUCAGCUGCUACUGGAGGAAUGAGCCCAUGCAUUUUAAGAUCAUACGAGUGGUCCUGAGACCAAAAAAGGGCUACUCGCGUGAACUGUUCCAGUUCGAGGAGGACCGCUUCGACAAUGUUCCUGCUCUAAUCCGUUUCUAUGUGGGCGGACGUCGUCCCAUCUCCCAAGCCUCAGGCGCCAUUGUCUUCCACCCGCUAAACAGGACCCUGCCUUUGCGCCUCAUUGCCGAACGACAGCAGUCUGACUACAAGAGCUCCACAGUGGGGAAGUCCCAACACCAACGCAGCAAGAGGCUCAGCUUUAGCAGUACCCUGGGAGACGCUGUGCACGUCAACCCUCUGCUCAGCAGGAGCGGGAGUCACCCUGGCAACCUGGAGAAAGUCGGGUCCAGGCCUUCACUCCAAUCGGCUCAGUCGGACAGCAACCUGAGACCUGGCGCUUCUCAGAACACAAGACCCCAGGAAAUUGGGCCCCCUCCCAUCUCACCAGUGUUUCGCACAGGGAGUGAACCCCUUCUCAGCCCCAAGCCACAGCAAACCCGUUCCUGUUACCCUGGUGGGGGUGUGACGUUGCGGGGGUCCGACGGCCAGCUGCACUCCCGAGCGCCCCCUAAGCCACUUCGGAUCUCUGCCGUGUUCCCCAAAGUACCCCAACCUGUUCUGCUGUCCGACCAAGACGACGACCCAUCCGCUUUCUAUGACGAGCUGGUCGUUCAGGUGCCGCAGUCACGACGCAAAGGCCACGUAGAUCGGCUGCGUGCUGAGGAAAAGUGGCAGAGCAGGGCACGAAUCACCGAAACCUCGUUUGGCUUCCUUGAUGCCGACAAUAGCAGCGAGGUGGUGUCCCAUCUGCCGCGACUGCCUGACAAGGAGCACUUUGAACGGCCACAGACAGAGUGCAGCUCGUGCUUCCGGCUGGACCGUUUUGAGUCGCUUCUGUUGCCGGACAACAACCGGCCGCUGGAACCGAGCGUCCUGCUGGCUCUGAAGGAGCUCUUCAACCGCUCAGAUCCUGACAACACCGCCCUGCAUAUGCUUAGCGUGGACUGCCAGGUGGCGCGCAUCACAGGCGUGACAGCCGAGCAGAGGAAAGCCAUGGGGGUAGGCUCAGGGCUGGAGCUCAUCACGCUGCCGCACGGUCAACAAUUGCGGCGAGACCUGCUCGAGAGGCAUCAUCUGAUCUCUCUGGGCGUGGCCGUGGACAUCCUCGGCUGCACGGGCACUGUGAGCCAACGUGCCACUGUUCUACAUAAGUUCAUCCUCUUGGCGAAGGCCCUCAAAGACCGUGCCCACGAUCUCUAUUCCUUCUCUGCCGUCAUGAAGGCACUAGACAUGCCUCAGAUAGUAAGACUGGAGAUGACAUGGCGUUCACUGCGGAGGAAUCACACGGAGAGUGCUGUCCUGUUCGAGAAGACUCUUAAGCCCUUCUUGAAGUCGCUGAACGACAGCGAUGAAUGUGUUUUAGCGGGUCCGGUGGCCGUGCCCCACUUAGUUCCCAUGCUGCUGUUGAUGGAGGGCGAGGACACCGUGGAGGACAGUGAGCGAGGCUGCCAGACACUCUACAACGUCCUACAGGCUGCGCGACGCGACGCCCUGCAUGCCCGCGACUACCAGCGACACGCCAGCGCUCUGCUUGGGGGUGGUUGGACGCCCAUCCCUGAGAUGCUGGAGGCCUUCCAGACCGAGUUCGCCCUGCGCCUCUUCUGGGGCCAGUCGGGAGCGGAGGCGGACAGCAAAGAACGUCACGACAAGUUUGACAAAAUUCUCUGUGUGCUCUCGGACAAAUUGGAACCGGUUGAGAUCAAACCGGCGACGCCGCAGCCUCUCAGUUGAGGUCCAUCGUGGAAACGUGGAUGAGAAGUUCAUCGUACGAAUAUUUCUAAACAAAUGUGAUGUACUGAGCUGCUGCUACUGUCACACUACAAAAUGUUUUUUUUUAACUUAUGUAAAUAUCAAAUAAAUGUUUAUUUUUUUCUUUUGCAGUUGUCUCAUAUUAUUUCAUCAAACUUUCAGCUAUAUUUUUCUACACAUCCAUUAGUACCACAACCCGAUCCGCAAGAAUAAGAUCAGUCGAUUCACUUUGUCCUGCAUAGUUCACAUUUAAUAUCUGUUCUGCUGAUGUACUUUAUUUAUUUAUUUUUUUACCAUACAUCCAUUUAGACAUUUUAGCAUCCAGUGUCAGUCAGGCCUAAAACGCAGUGUGGACUGUGUGACCUUGAAAAAGCUAAUGAAAUAAUAAUAGCAGUAGUUGAAUAAAUGAUAUGAGUGUGUAUUUAAUAGAGAAACUUUGACAAUGCAAUGAACAAAUAAAGGAUUAUGAAGGCCGCACUAAAAAAAGAAAAAAAAAAAAAAA